ACCAAUAAAUAGAGAAUGAAGACAGGAAAAAAAAGAAGAAAAACGUCGGACUUCCGGUUACAACUUUCAAAAUAGAAUCCAUACGAGCAAAGAAACCGUUAUUUCUUGGGAUUAUGUAGGUGGAAAAAUAACGACUUGUGUCUGUAAGCCCAUUUUAUGGACUUUGGCUGCCAGUGACAAUAUACUGCUGCCGAAAGGAUUGCUGAACCAGCUGAAGUCGCCUGGAAUAGCCAUGCACCCAACCUCCUGUCAUGAUUAAUUUCUGAGCCAAUCAAUAGCCUAAGAAGAUUGGAAAUAGGCGAAUGAGUGAGCGAGAGUCACCCGUGCAGAGCGAGGGAGAGAAAGAGAGGGAGAGAGAGCAUCAGCCCAGCGAGGACAAACUUGCAAGAAGCAGAGCAUGCAGAAAAAGCUCCGCAAGACAACAGUGCAGCCGCUCGGCGGGGUUUGAAGCUACAGAGGCAGCAGAGGUUGUUGCGGAUUACAAUGAUUGCCACAACUCAACAAAACAUGACCACUGAGCUGGACCUGGGGAGUUCAGACGGUCCCCCACGGAACUGGAAGGGCAUAGGGAUUGCCAUGGUGGUGAUCCUGGCUGUUAUGUCUCUGGUCAUUCUCUCCGUCAUCCUCCUCACGCCUGAUGAAUCUCACUUGUUACUCCGUUCCCAUCUCACCAUGGAGGAUUUGGAGAGUGAUGAGUUCAAAGUUCAUGACCCCUGUGUGGCGUGGUUGAACGAAAACGAAGUGGCUCUCCGCACCAGAGAGGGACACGUCCUGUCGUUCAGCCUCAACAGCAAUCUCACCUCGACUCUGGUGGACAACAGCUCCCUGGACCUGACCACCACUAAAUUCCAAGUGUCUGCAGACAAGAGGUUUGUCCUCUUGGCGUAUAACAUUCGACCGGUGUUCUCUCAGUCCUUCACAGCCUCCUAUGCUAUCUACAAUGUGGCUAAUGGGGAGCUGCUGGAGCUUAACCCUCUGGAGAGGGAGAAAGCAGCGCUACAGUAUGCUUCCUGGGGGCCUCAGGGGAGCCAGCUGGCCUAUGUGUUUGACGGAGAUAUCUACUACAAGCCGAGUGUGACCAGCAAAGCCCUGCGUCUCACAACCACCGACCUGGAGCAGACUGUGGUGAACGGGCUCUCUGACUGGACUUAUGAAGAGGAAGUGCUCUUGACAUAUGUGGCUCACUGGUGGUCUGUGGACGGGGCCCGGCUGGCAUACCUAACCAUCAACAACUCUAACACACCUGUGAUGGAAAUACCUCACUUCUUGGGUGGCCUCUAUCCCUCCAACGUCCUUUUCCCCUACCCCAAGGCUGGCUCAAGUAUUCCAUCAGUCAGUCUGUUUGUGGUGAAUCUUUAUGGUCCAGCUCACACUCUGGAGAUGAUGCCUCCUGACUCCCUCAGGGCCAGAGACAGCUACAUCUCCAUGGUGACUUGGAUCAGCAGCACACGCCUCGCGGUUCGUUGGCUGAAUCGAGCCCAGAACCAAUCAGUGCUCUGCGUGUGCGAGGCUACCACAGGGGCCUGCUCGGAGAAGCACAAAAUGGCCAUGGACAUAAUGCAAAACCAACGACAGGAUGUGCCGCUGUUUUCAGCAGACGGCUCUGUGUUCUAUACAGUCCUGCCAGCGAAACAGGGCGCUCGUGGAGAGUUUCACCACAUCGCCGGCCUCUCAGCCCAGCCUGCCAUCCCCUCCGUCCCCCCUCGCUUCCUGACAUCGGGGAGCUGGGACGUCACCGUGCUCUGCGCCCUUGACGAGAAGGCUGGAAAAAUCUAUUUCCUGAGCACAGAGGAAUCCAGACAAAGCAGACACCUUUACAGUGUGGACCUGGAUGGAGUGUUUCAGCGCCACUGCGUCUCCUGUAACCUCAUAGAUGGAUGUCGCUUCUUUAGAGCUGAAUUCAGCCCCAAUCAAACCCACUUCACCCUCUACUGUCUAGGCCCAGGAAUCCCUAAAGUGACGGUUCACAGUACAAAGGACCCCUCCAGAUACGUCGUAUUGGAGGAUAACAGCCCUCUGUCUAGAGCUCUGGAGGACAAGAGGCUCCCUGAGACUCUGUUCAGGACACUCCCAGCAGAAAACCAUGACCUACACCUGAAAUUAUCUCUACCUCAGGGUUACGAGGCCAACCUGCACCCUCUCCUCAUCAUUGUGGACGGUGUGCCCGGCAGUCAGUCAGUGACAGAGGAAUUCGCCCUCGACUGGCCUCAGGUCCUCUCCGGCACACACAAUGUGGCCUUGGCCUGGGUGGACGGCAGGAGUGGGGUCGGACGUGGACAGAAGACCACCGCUGUGGAUUCACGCAAGCUUGGCUCAAUCAGAGUCAAAGAUUAUCUGGGAGUUGUAGAGUUGUUGAUGCAACUACCAUACAUUGACGAUCGCCGGAUGGUCCUCUACGGCAAGGCAUUUGGAGGUUAUUUAACUCUCAAGAUGUUAGCUGCAACAGAUAAGCUGUUUCAGUGCACGGCUGCCGUGGCACCAAUAACUGACUUCAGGCUUUAUAGUGCUGCAUUCUCAGAAAGGUAUCUAGGCCUUCCAGCAAAGGAGGAGCACGCUUACUCGACUGCCUCUUUGCUUGAGGAGGUUAACAAGCUGAAAGAUGAGAACUUCCUUAUUCUACAUGGAACCGCAGAUGCGAGAGUACACUUCCAGCACAGCGCUGAGCUCCUGAGCCGACUGGUGAAGGUUGAGGCCAACUACUCGCUGCAGCUGUACCCAGACGAGGGCCACGUCCUGAGAGAGCCGCGCAGCAUCCAGCACUUCCAGCGGACAGUGGUGAACUACCUCCAGACCUGCUUGAAGCACAGCAUCCUCAUAGAGCCCGUAGAGGACGACGAGGAAGAAGACGACUGAGCUCAGAGCCCCUUCCAUCCUUCUGGAGGGACUAUCUUUGGACUGUAUGCCAUCUUAUGCAUUACUUUGGGUCGGAUUACCAGGCACAAGAGCACAGGAGUGGGGACCAAACACAUCAGAUCACCUCCUGCAACUUCUGGAAAAAUUGAUGUACUGUAUACCUUGUUGCACACGAUUAUUUCUGCUGUUAUACUGUAUAUUUAAGGCCCUGUUUGUUUACAAAAUCCACUUGAGAUGACGUGGACUGGAAGGCUACUGAUUCUGCCAAAGGUUUACAAAGAUUUUAAAAACAUGCAUGUCGUAAUGGCUGCAUGAUGUGGAUUAGUUUACAUUGCAUUCUCUGUGUUUCGCAGAUCUAAAUCUGGCCCAUCAGGGUUAAAAGUGCAAAAUCUGCCGACAGCCGGGAACCCACUGGACGACUUAAAAAAACUCCCUAGGGACUGUUCUUUAUUUAUCAGAGGAGGAGGGUGGCUGGGGGUGGCUUUGGUUUGUUUUUGGUCAAAUUUUAAACGAGACAUGUAGAAAAAAGUGAUUUUUAAGAUGGAAGCCUUUGGGCUCAUUUAUGCUCAGUGUUAGUUACGGACACGAACGGAGCCUUCUGUCCGUACUCUGCUUUCAUUUCGUCCAUAUUUGUGAACGAUUGCUAAAAGCUUACAGAUAUGGAUGAAACUGAGCUGUACGAUUGAAGAGUGUGGAGACAGUGUAGUGUCUUUCAAGCGAAAUAUUGUCUUGCUCACCAGACCUUUCUUUUCUUGAGAAAGAUCUUGAGAAAGGUUUGGCUGGGCCGACUCUCACUUAAAGAUUGGAGAAAAAACGCCCCGGCUGCUUGUAUUUCUUUCAACCAAUCACAAUCGUUCUGGGCGGUGCCACAGCAAAGGUUUUUGGUGUAACACGCCCACAAAAAUAUUGCAAAAAUUAGUAAAGGAUGUGUUGAAAACGGUUGAAAACUGCUACACAACCGGAGGUGGUAGGGCGGGACUUAAGCGGGUGGCUCGUUCCGCCCAAUGAGAGGCUGAUCUGUGCAGCGAACUUCCGCCCACUCAGGCUAAGCGAAAUAUGACCAUAGGAGACCACGGAUACCUUUAAAAAAUGACAGAACAAAAUGAAUUGGUAAUACAGGGAAAAGAAUUCUCCGUCCACAUGUCGCAAUGUAUUUAAUGGCCUCACAGAACACCGCCAUCUACGCCUCAACCUGCCUCUGUUAGAAGCUACAUUAUCACCGUCGCCUCGUUUGUUAUUGUGAGAAACUUGUGACUCCGCCGUCUUGUUUCAUCUAUUGGCUAUAUUUAUCCCAACAGAAGGAUGCAUGGACGUAUGAGGGCAGGGAAGUUUACAACAUUUAAAAUGAGUGUAUCUAUUUUCGUACAUAAAGGGAGCAUAAAUGAGCCAUUAGUCGCACAUGAUGUGCUCGUGGACCAUCAGAAUUUGAAAUCCAGCCAUAAUUUCUGUUUUUUUGUUUGUUUGCUUUGAUUCUCUUUUUAUUUAGUCAUUUCAGGGACCAGUCAGAAAGCAGAAAAUAACAUCAAAGUGUGUUUCAGUAUGUGAUACGGAGGCCAAAAUGGACUGAUAAAGUAAAUAUAAAUAUAGGUAUGAUCAUUUCUGUUUAUACAGUUUGUGGCUAUGAUAAAAUUUAAUCCCUCCCCAGUGCUUAAAAAUUUAUUUGACACGCCUCCCCCAUUUUGCAACCCCCCCUCCUCCCUCAGAAAAAAGAGCAGUCCCUUAACGAUACAACUAUGACACAUUUAACAACUGCAUAAAAUGCUUGAAAUUUUCCAUACAGAUUUCUGAAUAAACCAGCACAGACCACAGGAUCUCUUUCAGCUCUAUGCAGAUUCCAGUCAUACAAAAUUAAACAACUGAUAAAAGACAUCUGACUUCUAAUCUCCAAGACUUUAAAACUGGCCCUACUGCUCGCUGUUCUGGGCUGUUCUACUCCCCACCGUCUUCAAGAUGUCGUAAAAUCAGAGUCAUUUUGGGUCUUUUCCUCAGUGUGUUCCCGGCUCAAAUAAAGUUAAAUGAAGCAUAUGGAUCAUUCUAAAUGUGCCAAAUACAUUUUGUGGACUUUGUGGACCACUGGUUUUAUUAGCAUUACUUGCAUUAUGUGAUUAAGAAUGAGUAUGCAACUGUGACUAUUUACAACACAAGCUACGAAUCAAGGACCAUCACAAGAACGUCUACAUAGAUCUGUCUAUUUACUGUAUUUGGAAGACCAGUAUGUUUCUGUUUUGGUACAUCUCGGCAUUUCUUGUGUAUUGCAGAAUUAAAUUACUUCUUUGGACAAACUGUUGAGCCAUUGCAUUCCAGUCCGCAUAGGUAGGUGGGUUUGACCAUCAAACUGUCAGCCAAACCAUACUGGUAAACUGCAUGCAGUUGGUUUGGAAACGAAUGCCCUUGACUCUAGACGACCGGCUACUCCUUUUUUCCAACAAUCCUUGACAAUAAAGUUUGAACUUCUUGUUUUACAGCAAUAAUCUACCUUGGUUCCUUCACCAAUCAUCAAGACUGUAAUCUAACGGAGCCAUUUGGAGGGCUAAUU